UGUAUUUUCGUAGGCGGGCAAGCGUAUGGUCUUGCAGUCAGAAACGUAAUAUUCGGGCCUGACGAAAACAAAUCUAAACAAGAUCGUCGUGCAAAAAUGUCACGAGCCGGAUCAAAAUUAAAGUCGAUGAGGAAACUUGUCGAGAAAGUGGAUCAUUCAUCGAAACUGAGGACGGAUAUACCAGCUGGUAUGGCAAUGCCUAGUCCACCGUUAGGACCUGUACUCGGACAGCGUAACAUAAACAUUUCAGCUUUUUGCAAAGAUUUUAAUGAGAGAACCAAAGAUAUCAAGGAAGGAAUUCCAUUGCCUUGUCGAGUACGAGUGACCUCUGACCGUACUUAUGAUUUGGUGAUCCACAAGCCUCCAACAACUUUUUAUUUAAAGCAAGCUGCUGGAAUUCAGCGUGGUGCAAUGCAUUCUGGUGAAGAAGUGGCUGGCAAAAUAACAUUGAAACAUUUGUAUGAAAUUGCCAAGAUCAAAUCUGAAGAUCCUUCUAUGGCUUUACUGGAUUUGAAACAAAUCUGUGAAAUGUUUGUUGGUGUGGCUCGUAGUUGUGGAAUUCAAGUUGUACGAGAACUAGAUCCUGUAGAAUAUGGCAAAUUUUUGGAAGAACGAAAAUUGGUAAUCGAAGAGCAAAAGCGGGAAUUGCAAGAAAAGAAAGAAGCUAGAAUGCUUCGAACAAUAUAGAUACAGACUUAGAUACGAUAAACUUACUGAACACGUCAAGCUGUAGAAAUUAAUUUACAUAAUUGAAAUACAAAAAUGAAAUGUAACAAUAUUUUUUUCUGAUAAAUCGGUAUUUUGCAACUUUAGUAUUGUCUGAAAUACAGUAAUCAUAAUAAUGCUAAGAAUACACAUACUUAGGAAAUGCGUCUCCUCAAAUUCAUUCUAAAGUUGCAAAACAUUGGUUUUUUUUGCAGCUUUGUUGCCUUAACUCUAUGAACUUCACUAUGUCUUAGAACUAUUACAUCUCUUCCUUGCACUUUUUCUUUGGAACUGGAAGAUACCACUUUGAAUUACGCAGGAUACAAGAUAUCCAUACAUGUAAUUAACAGACCUGAAGCAAGCAGCCAGAGUUAUUGCAGCUGAUGUUAAUUAAAAUAACAUCACGAAGCCUGACCAUCCAAAGGUUGCUGCGUUCUUUAAACUUGUGAUUCUCUUUUAUAGCUAUGAACAUAAAACUGAACUGCAUUGUAACGUAGUUCAACACGUUUGGCUGGUAAUUCUGGCUGCUAGAUUCAUCUUCAUAUUAGAGCACUAAUGUCAAUUAACAAGGGAUUCCGAGGUUGCUCUUCGGAUGAUAAUUUCUGUGUAACUUGAAAUUUAAAUCAUUCUAUUUACCCUUAUCAAUCUUUGUUGUGAAACAAAAUAUCAAUUUGAGACUGCAGUCUACUGUGCACGAUGGAUUAUUUCAAUUUGUACAUAUAUUAAAUUAUUCAGACAUAUUAGAUAAAUAAUAAACAGGUACACUUUUGAAUAUUUUUGAAUUAGAUACAAUACAGGUAUUCUAUUUUGUUUAUUUAUUUGAUUAAGUAUAAAUCAUUUGCUUUUCGAUAUUUAUCAGAUUAUUCACAUUUGCAUUCACUUUGUUACGUUACAUAAGUAUAUAUGAUCUUUCACAAAAUAUCCGGUUCGCAUUACUAAGCAGUCAAGUAAUUGACUGUUCAACUUCACGCGAUGUACCUUCAAAAACGUAUCAUCUACGUAGUAGAACCCGUCAGCUUAUUUAUAAAAUGUCAUAAAUGUUUUCUUGAUGGUGAUGGUAAUUCUUCCCUGAUAAUGUUGAAAAAUCUCCAGAUGCAGAUGAGAUUAAGAUGCUCGGCAGUAAAAGUUUACUGGCCAAACUAGAUAUCGGAUUCAGCUGACGCCAAGAGUAUCACCAACGACUGCAACAGUUCAAGAAAUCAUGAGCAUGUGAUGUUCGGUCACGAAUAAUGAGUACUUAUUCAUAUUCAAUUGCUCUACUGAUUAGAAACAAACCUGUUUUGUUUGAAAAACGAUGCUUUUGUGCUGGAACUCUGCAACCCCUCACUUUUGGGGAACAUCUUUCCUGCCUCAGGAAGAUCAGGGCCCGUCCCACUCCGAAAAUUUGAUGCUUUAGGUAACUAAUCCUUCCUGAAUAUCGACUCGACGGGUAUUUACUUUAGCUGCACAAAGUCAUAGGCAGGGGAAUCCAGGUAUCUUCAAUAGUGGAAGAUGGUAACUCCAGGCUAUGAGAGUAUUCU